UAUAAAUUAAGUGAUAAUUAUGAUCCGUUUACCGAGGCAUCUACAGACCUUCGUUAUUCUCAUCGCGGCUAGUUUGUUCGCUAUUUAUUCUUUAACCGUGGUCCUUCACGGGGCGGGAAAUCGUAUCGUUAAAUUAUUUGACAGUUAUAACAACGACGCAGAGAUUUAUCGGGGAACGGUAGAAAUCGGAGGAGGAAUCGAAUUUGAGGCGAAGCCGAUACCUUUUAACUGGAGGAACCUGUCGGACGAUCAGGUUCGAAGUAUGUCAGCCCUCGGUAAACGACUGUUAUCCGUUGGCGAUAUCACCGAGGUAAAUAACGUCCCAAGAGACCCUGCGAAGGGGUACCUGAUAGUCGUAUGGAAGCACGGACCGUUCCUGGAGAGAAGACACCUCAAGCAUUUCACCAACGUUAUAUCAUCGCCGUGGGAGGAUUGUUCGGUAAACAAUUGUCGACUAAGUUACGAUUCGGAGGACGUCGAAGAUGCGGACGCGGUGCUUAUUCACCUCCACAAGACGACGGGGGUCAAGGAUUUACCGGACAUAGUUAAACCGGAAAAAAGGAUGAAGCAACGUUGGGUUUUCCUCACCGACGAGUCACCCUUGCACACCUUCCUCUCGGGAGGACAGAGCAUUUCGAGUUACAACGGUUUGUUCAACUGGUCCAUGAGCUAUCGAAUUGACAGCGACGUUCCGGUUCCCUAUGGUCGUACCGUGCGGAUGAUGAACCAGAGAAACUCCAGCGCCGGUUCCUCGAAGGAUGUGAAAACCAAGACCAAGCUGGUCGCUAUCAUGGGAAGCAACUGCGGCGGGAGCAACAAACGAUGGAACUAUGCAGCCAAGCUGAAGGAGGCUUUGAGCGAGAGGAUGGACGCCUAUGGUCACUGUCUUAAUGGCGACACGAAAACUUGCCCAGGACACUUUGCCAAGGACUGCGAAGCCCUCGAGGACUACAAGUUCUAUCUCGCCUUCGAGAACUCAAACUGCAAGGAAUAUCUUACGGAGAAACCAUUUUGGCACGGAUACCAUAAGCAUGCGGUACCAGUGAUCAUGGGGGCCUCGAGGGAGAACUGCAGACAAUUAUUACCGCCCGAUUCUUACAUUCACGUUGACGAUUUUGCCAACCCGGCUACUCUCGCUGAUUAUCUUUUGUAUCUUGACCAGAACCACGAAGAGUAUUCGAAGUUUCACGCCUGGAGGAAUCACUUUUAUGUCGUUAAUGAACAUGGAUACUUUCAGAGCAACUCACGGCAUUAUUGCCGGCUAUGCGAAGCUCUUAAUUACAACGAUCCGAGCGUCAAGGUUUAUAACCAUCUCGAAGAGUUUUGGAGCAAAACGAAAGACUGUUGGUGAUACACUUUGUCGAUGGCUU